UUUAUGGCGGAGAGAGAAAGGGCUUGCGGCGGCGCUUGGGUUCGCGUUGCACUUGUAUGAUCUUUUACGCUUGAUUCCUGAUCAGAGAUUCGAAUCUGCUCUCACAGCCAUGUCAACAGGACCUACACAUAAACAUCGUUAUAAAAACGUAGGAUUAGAUUCACAAGAACUGCGAAGGCGCAGAGAGGAAGAGGGAGUUCAAUUAAGAAAACAGAAACGUGAACAGCAAUUAUCAAAACGCCGCAAUGUUCCAAACAUUGUUGCUGAUGAAGAUAAUAUUACAUCCACGGACGAAUAUUCACUUCCUACAGCACAAUCGUCUCCUGGUAUUAUAACAUCUGAGAUGGUAGACGCAUUAUAUAGUCCUAACAUACAAGAUCAAUUGGCAGCAACACAGAAAUUUAGAAAAUUAUUAUCAAGAGAGCCAAAUCCUCCUAUAGAUGAGGUGAUACAAACAGGAAUUGUACCACAAUUUGUUGAAUUUCUUAAAAACAAUACAAAUUGCACUCUGCAGUUUGAAGCGGCAUGGGCUCUGACAAACAUAGCCAGUGGUACAUCGCAACAGACGCGUAUUGUGAUAGAUGCAGGAGCUGUUCCUACUUUCAUAUCUCUACUGGGUUCUGAGUAUGAAGAUGUGCAGGAGCAAGCUGUUUGGGCAUUGGGUAAUAUUGCAGGAGAUAGUCCCGAAUGCAGAGAUCAUGUCUUAGCCAACGGUAUCCUCACGCCACUUCUGCAAUUGCUAUCAAAAGCGACACGACUUUCUAUGACUCGUAAUGCGGUAUGGGCAUUAUCAAAUCUCUGUCGAGGAAAAAAUCCAGCGCCAGCUUUUGCAAAGGUCGCACCAUGUUUACCAGUGUUAGCCCAUCUUCUCAAUCAUACUGAUUAUGAUGUACUUGCUGAUGCUUGUUGGGCUCUUUCUUAUUUGAGCGAUGGCCCAAAUGAUAAGAUACAAGCUGUUAUUGAUGCUGGCGUUUGCAGACGUCUCGUAGAGCUUCUCAUGCACGAACAAAAUAACGUAAUAAGCGCGGCUCUUCGUGCUGUAGGAAAUAUAGUUACUGGAGAUGAUGUGCAAACGCAAGUUGUACUAAAUUGUUCGGCAUUACCGUGUCUAUUACAUCUCUUAAGUUCGCCACGGGAAAGUGUUCGUAAAGAGGCUUGUUGGACAGUCUCUAAUAUCACUGCCGGUAAUCCCCAACAAAUACAAGCGGUGAUUGAUGCUAAUAUCUUUCCGGUUUUAAUCGAGAUUUUGAGUAAAGCUGAAUUUAAAACACGUAAAGAAGCUGCAUGGGCAAUUACAAAUGCUACUAGUGGCGGAACGGCCGAUCAAAUCCGAUACCUCGCAAUGCAGGGAUGUAUUCCGCCGCUCUGCGACUUGCUUACUGUUAUGGAUGUCAAGAUCGUUCAGGUCGCCUUGAACGGAAUAGAAAAUAUUUUACGUCUGGGAGAACAAGAUGCAACUAUGCAUAAUGGUCUUAAUCCUUAUGCAGUUCUUAUCGAAGAAUGUUAUGGCCUAGAUAAAAUAGAAUUCUUGCAAUCUCACCAAAAUAUGGAUAUAUAUCAAAAGGCCUUCGAUAUUAUUGAACGAUUCUUUGGGUCUGAGGAAGAGGAUACCAGACUUGUACCAUCAAUCGAUUCGCAAGGACAAGAAUAUCAAUUCACCGCACCAGAUUCUUCCCAACUACCAGUGCAAGGCUUUGAAUUCUAAUCAACUAUCUUUAAAUUUCUGGAUAUAACUGUUUCGUUGAAUGUUAACGUUAUUCGUUCUACAGGGAUUUACAAUAUUCUGAAAAUCAGUACAUCAAUAGUAAAUAUGAUUUUACAUAUUCAUAUAAGAUGAAUUUAUUUGUGUCAAAACUACUACUACUACUACGAAGUAAUCGAAAAUGAUCUAUUCUUCAUCGAAUUAAAAACAGUAAAAAAAUCUUCACAUUUUCAAUUGAUUUUUUUUUCUUUUUCUCAUUUAAGAUGAAUCGUAACUUAUAUAUGAAAUGAUUUUGUUUCGAAACCUACGUCAAAUUGCGACAAUGUCUGCGUUUAGAGCCUUGAAACAAUUUGUGUAGGAACACUUACAGACUCAUACCUGCAUGUAUUUAGUAUGAGACGUUCAGUUUUUAAAACAUAAACGUCUUAGUGCUUAAGUAGAAGUGGUGACAAUGAUCAGAACAAUUUGUCGAGGCAGACUCAUACCUCGUCUGACAUGUGACUGACGCAGAAUUACAAAACGAAAAGAAAAAUAACUUGCAUUACCCUGCAAGACACUAACUGAAUGACUGAAGUACGCGACUACGUAGCCAACACGGACAACAUUACGCAACGCGGUACUCACCUCCUUACUAUACUAGAUAGAAACAUGACCAAUUAAACUUUUUUACUGUAAAUACGUAUCUCGUAAUUUUAAGACUAUUCUAUACAGAGUGCCCUUAAGAAGCGAAGCAAUAGUCUGUAUAUCUGGUCAUCAACGCAACAUUGCAACAGUUUGCAAGAUUUGGUUGAAGUAUUUGUUGUAAUUUAUGAUAGAUAUGAUUUGUAUUAUUUGAGAUACGUGCAAAACUUUGCUUUUCUUAUGUUAAAAAAAUCGUGCGGAAUGCCGACUCUAAUUAUUAUAUCUAUACUUUUGUUAAUCCAGUAUCACGCAAUGAAUUACUAGUUGUUUUAAUUAUAAACAUUUGCAGAUGUAUUAAAUAAAUAAUUUUUAUCUUA